AUGCCCAGGAUCUCAGACCUCACCAACACCCCUUCCCUCAGCAUCUUCCUUGAACAGGCCCCCUCACCUGAGAGCUCUGACAGCCCUCCCAGCGACUCCCUCUUCCUCAACUUCUUCAACAGCUGCUUUCCACCACUGUGCUCCCACCCCCUCCACACCUCUCCAAGGAUGGCUGGUACACAUCAUAUGUGCAACUGCAAUGAGUCCGAUGCCAUGAUUACCAAUGUUCUGCUCCCAACAAACACUUCAUCAAAGAAGAAAGUUGGCGCCAAGGGGAAAGGGAACAAGGAGAACCCACCUGCCCCAUUUUGUGAUGCCACCUCUGUUGCACUUGCCCUCUCCACUGAGGAUGACCACAAUGAAGACCCUGUUGAAACCCUGGUAGAGGCCAAGAAGCAUGCCCUGUUGGUAUCUGAUAUCAAAGAAGAUGAGCCCCCACCCAAGCUCACCAAGAAGCAGCCUCUCAAGCAGCUCAACAAUGGCCUUGACAUGCAGAAGUUCCUCUCCAAGAAGAAGUUGAAGAAGGAGGAACUUAUUGAGGUGAAUGCAAGGAUUGUAGAGCUUGGGGCAAUCAUUAUAUCUAUGAAAGUGGAUAAGGAGAAACUUCAAAAGGCACUCAUAGCCAAGCUGGCAAAGCACAAGGCACCUCUGCCUCCAAAGGUCAUUGCUAAGCCCUCAGGGCAACCUGGUCAUAAGGGGCCAGGUGGAUAUUGCCUGCAGGAAGAGAUGGGGCUCUCUGGGAAUGAGAGUGAGUACAAUUCUAUUUGGCAACAAUUCCAACAGAUCAGCAACAAGUACAAUGUCUGUGGAGACAAAACCAUCACCAAACUCCACCCAGAGGUCAUGGUGAAGAUAUACAAGGAAGCUCAACACAAGAUUCCGUACCUGGCAUGGUUCAAGAAUGAUUGGGCCACCAGGGCCAUUGUCAAGUCAUACACAAGGAAUGCCAAGCAAUUCUUGGUCUUGAAAAAAGCUUAUGAUGAACAUCACCUGUCUGGGUCAGGAACCCCGGGCCCAGCUGUAGCCCCUUGGCCUUUGGUGAGAAGCAUUCUAUCCAAUAAGGCAAUGGAGCAAGCUACAGUACAGCCUGAUGAUGAUGAUGUCAACAGUGACAAGGAGCUUGCAGAUCUUUUGGCUGAAAGUGGCUCUGACAAUGAGGAUUCCAAUUAA